AUGAUGUGGUGGCGAUUAAUAUCCGUUGCACACGUGGUUCUAGUGCUUACCAUUGCUGCUAUAAUGAUAUUGCCGUAUGCAUUGCUUUGCAAGAGGAAAAAAGUUCAGACUAUUAGAACUAGAAAAGUUGGUCCAUCAAUACGUGAGACAAAAUCAAACAAGGAAAGUGCUAUGCAAUAUAUCCAAGAACCAGGCAAGGAUGUCGCUAAAGCAGAUGCUGACAAAAAGGGGUGCGCAGAAGCAAAGGUUGCAAAGAAUCAAUCAGCGGAACGCGCUGAUAAGACGCAGCUGACAGCUUGA